AUGGCAAGAAGAUUUGGGGGAGGGGGAAGAGAAAGAACACAAAGUACGGAGUACUUACCGAAAAUCAGAAUGACACUGAGACAAAGAGAUGCACAGAUCUCGUUGAGCUAG